CAGCAAGUGAUGAUGUGGCACAAAGCAGUUUUUUAGAUUUUACUGGCAAAUCAGAAGUGGGGCCACAAGGCUGUUAUUUUGUGUUGCCUUCCCACAAGGCUCCUUCCCACAAAAUAUGGCUUAGACAGACCUUUUGUUCCUCCAGCUGGAGUAGGCUAUGUCUUAGAUGAUUUCACCAGCACAAGAACUUGCUGCCCUCUACAACUUGAACUUCUCAGACAUCCAAAGAGUCACAACAUAUCAAUUUAAAUAUGGGGAUUCUGAGCCACCUAUUGAUCCUCCACCUCCCCUGGGCUGCUUUGGUCUUUUGUCAGUAUGAAGACUAUGAUUUUGAGGAUGAAUAUGGUGGGGAGCCAGAUCAUCAAGUUCCAUAUUAUUUUAACCCAGAUGCUCAAGUUGAAGCUCGUUUUCCUUUCCCAGUUGAGUGUGCCAAGGAAUGCUUCUGUCCACCAGCUUUUCCCUUAUCCAUGUACUGUGAUCACAGGAAACUCAAGACAAUACCAAACAUCCCCAAUCACGUCCAACAACUUUACCUGCAAAACAACAACAUUGAAGCUGUGCCUGCAGGACCAUUCACUAAUGUUACUUUCAUAAGGGAAAUUAACCUCAGCUACAACAAUAUUAAAUUUCAUAUGAUUGACCACGGUGUUUUUGCCAAACUUUCACACCUAGUGCAGCUUCAUUUACAACACAAUGAAUUGGAAGAAUUUCCAUUCCCUCUGCCCAGCUCUCUGGAGAGGCUCCUCCUUGGUUUCAAUAACAUUUCCCAGCUACCUGCAAACGCAUUGGAAGGAUUGCCCAACAUGACCACCCUUGACCUUUGCAAUAACUUACUGGAUGACUCAGUACUCAAAGAAAAACCCUUCUCAAACAUGAAAAAUUUAAUGCAGCUCAACUUAUGCAACAACAAAUUACAGACAAUGCCUCCUGACCUGCCACCAUCACUUCGGCAUCUUUCUCUUGAAAAUAACUCCAUUUCUCAUAUUCCAGAAAAUUAUUUCCACAGACUCCCCCACAUCAUUGCUCUAAGAAUGUCCCACAAUAACCUGCAGGACAUUCCACACAACACCUUUAAUCUACCCAACCUUCUAGAACUUAAUCUUGGACACAACAAAUUGAAACAAGUGUUCUAUAUUCCAAGAAGUUUGCAGCAUUUGUACAUUGAAGACAAUGAAAUUGAAAACAUCAAUGUUACCGUGAUGUGCCCAACUCUGGACCCACUGAACAUCAAGCAGCUGACCUACAUACGGGUGGACCAGAACAAGCUCACGAGCCCCAUCAGCACCUACGCCUUCUUCUGCUUCCCUCUCAUCAGAACCAUUUACUAUGGAGAGCAAAAUGUCUCUGUCAGCAGGCCAAGCCAGCUCAGAACACCGGUGUUCCGGCGGUUCCUGACACCAGAGGAAUUCCAGGAAGCAGAAGACAAUCAGGAAACGCUGAACCAAGAAACAGAAGAAAAUCAGGAAGCAGAGGACAGCUAUUUUCAUCCUUACUAUCACUGAAGUAAUCAGUGUUAAUAGGUAUAUAUGGAAACUUCUCGUUAGUCUGGGUUAUUCAUAUCUGUGAUAGAAAACUGGGCAGUUUGGGAUAUUCAAGAUGAAUCUAUAAAGUGGAGAUAGGAGUUUAAAGUAGGUAAAUGUCCUAUUAUUGGUGUAGUAAAAAACAGUACUAGGAGCAAAGAGCACUCACCUGAGCAUUAGAUAAAGGUCUGACACAUAACCUGACCUGGGUUGAUGAUGGGCUCACCUUUGGGUGAGCAGCCAAAGUGAAGGAAAAUUGACUUGAAAUUCUGUUCUAAAGUGAUCCAAUUGCAAAAUGACUAAAAUAUAAAUCAGUGUCAUAAUUCAACAGGAACAAGUGAUUAAGGCCCAAAAUCCAUCCAGCUCUACAUCCUACUGCUAACAGCAGUAGCAAAAAGAUGCACUAGAGAAAAGGACAAGAGACUGAGAUUUCAAAAUACUUCCACAAGCUUCCUCCAUAUCUCCCAGAAAUCCAGAUAUUUCUUCUUCCAAUUUCUAACUGGAGAAGGACAUCACAAAUACAGAGCUGCAAACCUUCCCCACAUUAUGUUUCAAGUGUCCUGCCAAGCUGUAUUCUAAUAUUCACUUCUUUGGAUGUCCUUUAACUAUCACAGUCUUUCAAAGGAGAUUUCAGCUUAUUACUAACACAGGCAAUAAAUAAUCUUUCACCAAGCUGCUGGGAUCUAGGGAAAAGCAUCUGCAUUAACACAACUGAACCAUUAGCAUUUAUAAUUUCCCUAUGCUUCAGCCCAUGUUAUUUUAGAAGACAUUGUAGAAAUGUAACGGAAUCUUUGCAUUUAGAAUUAUUCAUCAAGUAGGACAGUUACAAAGAAAAGCAUUGCAGCUACUUUAACUAUUAAUUUAACUAUUGAUUUAUCCCAGUUAGCUGUAUUCUGCUUCAAAGUACAAUCAACAUUGCUUUAAGAAACCUGAAGAAAACUUUGAGCUAUGCAAACUUUUGGUAUAUCUUAUGCCUAGAAACAGAUCCAGAUAACUACAGGGAAAGAUAACAUUAUAAAGCACUUUAUUGCCGUUUUUUAUCACUUAGUUUUUCAGCACUUUUUCCCUGAUAAAGCUUUGCUAGCUGUGAGGGAAAAAAAAAUCCCUAUUUUCAACAGCAAAAUGAAAUUUUUGCAAGUGAUAGAUCCAUACAUCAUACUACCAACUUGGCAUAAUGUUAUGUAGUUGUCCUACACUUCAAGUACAAUGUAAUCAGAUUUCUAUUAGAAUAUAGGCAGGUUUCAUUUGAAUUUCAGGGUUUUUUUAGGCCCAUAGUAAUAUUUAUGGUUUCUGAUGUAUCAACUGAAAUAUUAGGAAAUGAAAAUACUUAAUUACUUCUUUUUAAGAGAGAGAUUUAUUGUAAAGCUAUGAAUAUAAACUUUAAGAAUAUAUAUAGACUUUAAGGACAACUGGUUGUAAGAAUUUGUGGGUACAAAAUUUAUUCUAUUGUUAUUAAUUUGUGGAUCUUCAGUCAACUAACUUGAGAAACCUGCUCCUCUCUCCUUCCCCUUUUUCUUAUCUGCAUUCUGAGCAGAUCCAUCAUUCAUAGCAAACUAUUUUAUGGUCAUCUCACAAAUUCACAGUGCUACAGAAUGUCUGCUUUAAAAAAAAAUAUUAUUAAUGUUUAUCACUCAAACACCUCUGGGUUUCUGAAAAAGGAACAUGUACAUGUAUUCAUUCCUUAAGUACUCAAUAUCAUUUAUGUACACUAUAUACAAGAAUUUAGAUAUAUCUAUAACUUUAUUGCUUUCUUAAUACAUACAUGUAGUAUAUUAACUUUUCAACUACUUCAGAUUUUAAGUGAAUGGUGCACAAAAUGCAAAUCUAAAAUAAGAGGCUUUUUUGAAAGGCUUGCUCAGCUUUAAAAAUAAAAGAACACUAUCGUGCUAUAGUGAAUAUUACAUCUUUCAUCACAAACUUUUUACUUUUUAAAGACAUUUAUGAAAAAAGCUUGGCUUUAGCUUUAAAGUAGAAGUCAAAAUAUUGAUGUUGCAUACAUUUCUCAGAGUCAGACUGGAAAUUAUUGAAAACUUCAGAACUGUCUUAUUACACUUGACUCAUUCAGGUGGAACAUGAAAUUUGUAUUACAAGCAGAACUAUUAUAAUUCACUUUUCUUUCAAUGAAUAUUAUCAUAUAAUCUGUAGCACAUAGGACACUUAUUCCAGAAAGGCUUUUACAGUGGACAGAGACCUAAAGACUUGGUAGCCUUAGAGAAAUGACAAUUAUAAUAAAGUACUGGAUUAAU